AAAUUACCCUGAACUCCUAAUUUUGAGUCAAAUGCCUCGGUCUUAACUACCUGACCAAGAUAUCCAUAGUGUAGAGCUUCCUAAAGAUCAAAUGAGUGAAAUGACUAGCUGUCUAGCUAUAAUAUCUAAAAUCCUAUAUGGAUCUAUCAAAGAAACUUCACUACAUUUUCCAUACAAAUAUUUAAUUCUUUAAAUUAUUGCCUUAUAUGAAAUACUUGAAACCCAAGAAGCAUAUAUUAUGACUAGGCCUAGUCAGAGAUGUAUAUAUACCUGUAAUACUGCAACACCACCUCCACCUUCACCAUUGACAAUCGCUCGUAUUUACAUUUGCCUGCCUCAGUAUAUGAGUGAUGAUGGGUCGCAAUAUGACGACGGUUAGCUUCCAGAUAACACCCUAAUCAUGUUUCUAUUGUGGAGAUGAGGGUGCACAUGGACUGUCCAGGAUGCGAAAGCAAGAUUAAGAAAGCUCUCAAGAAACUUGACGGAGUGGAUGAGGUCGACAUAGAGAUGGAGAAGCAAAAGGUGACCGUGACGGGAUGGGCAGACCAGAUGAAAGUCGUUAAAACAGUUAGGAAGACGGGAAGGAAAGCGGAGCUAUGGCCAUACCCAUACAACCCCGAAUACCACAGCUUUGCCCAUCGUUACUACAACAAUUUCUACAGCAACCCAGCUACCCACUUCUCCAAACAAUACUCGUACAACUAUCACAAACACGGAUACAAUGGUCAUGAUCACGGUUACUAUCAAGAAGCACCUUACUCUAUCAUUAUCGAUGAACAAACUAGCAAGAUGUUCAGCGAUGAAAAUGCCACUGGCUGCUCUAUCAUGUGACAGUAUCCAGAUGGUUUGUAAAGAAAAUGCAUGUAUGGGUGUUCAUAUAUUUUCGAUGCACGAAUGUGACAAUAUAAUGCUUGGUUAAUUUUA